UUUUAAAGUUUAGAAACAGGCAUCAUGACUGCCAGCCUCAUUUGUUGGGGUCUUUAGAGUACGGCAGCUCUGUUGUGUGGUAGUUUGGGGCUGAAAGUUUGGAAGUAGGUUGAAGUCUUCGCUCAGAAUUACAAAACAACGGGUGAAAAAUGGCAUCCAUGCUAAUGCAGACAGUACGGAGCUGCUCAGCGAACUCCUCGUGGGCUGCUAGGUUUGCCACCAGGUCCCUGAGCACGUCCUCGUCUCUGCAGGCUCAAGUUCAAACUAAAAGCAAGAAGUCCUUGGCCAAGCCCGGCGUGAAGAACAUCGUUCUGGUGGAUGGCGUUCGUACCCCUUUCCUCCUGUCAGGCACCACGUACAGGGAUCUGAUGCCCCAUGACCUAGCGAGAGCUGCCCUUCAGGGCCUGCUGAAUAAGACGGGCCUCCCUAAAGACGCCGUGGACUACAUUGUCUACGGAACCGUCAUACAGGAAGUGAAGACCAGCAACGUGGCCCGAGAGGCUGCUCUGGGAGCUGGUUUCUCUGAUAAAAUCCCAGCGCACACGGUCACCAUGGCCUGCAUAUCCUCCAACCAGGCCAUGACCACAGCUGCAGGGCUGAUCGCAGCGGGGCAGUGCGACGCGGUGGUGGCAGGGGGAGUGGAGUUCAUGUCUGACGUUCCCAUUCGCCACAGCCGUAAGAUGAGGAAGACUAUGCUCUCUCUGAACAAGGCCAAGACCCUGAGCCAGAGACUGUCCCUGCUGGGGUCCAUCCGCCUGAGCCACCUGUCUCCAGAGCUUCCUGCCGUGGCGGAGUUCUCCACCGCUGAGACCAUGGGUCACUCAGCCGACCGGCUGGCGGCCGCUUUCGGGGUGACCCGUCUGGAGCAGGACGAGUUCGCGCUGCGCUCCCACAGCUUGGCCAAGAAGGCCCAGGACGCCGGGCUUCUGAGUGAUGUCAUCAGCUUCAACGUGCCAGGAAAGGACACCGUUUCCAAGGACAACGGGAUCCGGCCCAGCUCCAUGGAGCAGCUGGCCAAGCUGAAGCCGGCUUUUAUCAAACCCCACGGCACGGUCACCGCUGCCAACUCCUCCUUCCUGGUGAGCCAAUCACGUCACACUCUGGUCCUCUCCUUCCUGUCAGUCUCACUUCUGCACGUAGAGCGCAUACAGCACAGCUCAACUAGAGAGACAAAUGAACUGUCACUGCUUUCCCGUAGGCCCACCUACGGAACCCCGAAGGUCCUGGAGCGGAGCGGACUGAGCAUGGCCGACAUCGACGUGUUUGAGUUCCACGAAGCUUUCGCGGGUCAGAUUAUGGCGAACCUAAAGGCCAUGGACUCUGAUUGGUUUGCACAAACAUACAUGGGGAAGAAGUCCAAGAUAGGUGGACCCCCGAUGGAGAAGUUCAACACCUGGGGGGGGUCGCUGUCCCUGGGGCACCCGUUUGGGGCGACAGGGUGCCGGCUGGUCAUGACGGUGGCGCACAGACUGCAGAAGGAGGGGGGGCAGUACGGCCUGGUGGCCGCGUGCGCCGCGGGGGGGCAGGGUCAUGCCAUGGUCAUAGAGGCUUACCCACAGUAGGGCGGAAUGGGCGUGGCUGCGGGCGUGUCUUUGAACGGGGCUCUCUUUCGGUGAGCCAUUCCAGUACAAAGCAGGAAGUGAUCUGUGUUUUUUUUCUGUCUUCUGGUCUCUGGGAAAGACGAUAUUUGUAAAUACUAUUGCCACAUUGCCUUGAUCUGUGAUUCUGAGUACGAAAGGCCGGUCAGGUGACAUGAUGACUCAUCGCCUUCCUCUCGGCCGAUUGGUCGGUGUGGAGAAACGGGGCUUCACACACUGAGUGACAGGCGUUUCCCCGGCUGAUUCUAAAUGUUGUAAAUGCAGAAAUUGCACAGAUUUAACUUUGUAGUAAAGCCAGUUUACACUUCAUAAAUCAUAGACGUGCAGCACUGCAUCACCGUUGACUAUUAAAUUAAUAUUAACUGGUUACGCAUUUUUUUGUUAUUUUUUUCAUCAUGUUUGUCAUCUACAUGUAAUAUGAAACUGAGCAAAAAAAUAAAGUAACUGAAAGUGUUUGUA